AUGACGAUACAAGCGAAGCCCAGUUCGAACAUAUCGUAUAGUUCGACCACAUAUGGCACAGCACCGGGCUUAGAUAUUAAAGAGUUCCAAGUCAUCGAAGAUUGGAAUGGCAGACCUGCCAGCGCUUGGUCAGUGCAGAGGAUUGGGCUUUUACAGUCCAAGAUCGAAAGGUAUACGUACAACAUUUACCACAAUAAUAAAUAUGGGAAGCACAACUUAUCUAAGCUAAUACCGGGACAUGCUCUCAUUCAGUUCGCUAAUGAAACGUUUGGAUAUGAUGGUUGGCGAAUGGACGUUGUAGAUGUUGAAGCCAGUGAGUGCCAGCCCUUCACCGCGGCAAAGAACGAUGACAACACCGACCCGAUCGAUGUCAAGUAUACAGUUGUGGCAGAAGCUCAGGUGAAGGUUACCUUAAAGGAUGGCACCAACACACAAUGUGGUGGGUUAGGUAGAAUUACUUUGUCUUCGAAAGGUGAAUGUUAUAACAGAUCGAAAAAAGAGGCUGUUGGCGAUGCGUUAAAGAAGGCGUUAUUGAGCUUUGAAAAAAUUAUACUCGAUUAUGAGACUAAGAUCACAAACAACUACUAUGUCGAUGGAUUAUAUGGUUCAAAAAAAAUCAAGAAUGAAGCUAGCCCCAGUUUUAAUUUACAAUUAGCGACUGAUAGUAAGCCGACUUUGAUCAAAUUGGAGGAUGCUAAAGGCACAAAUACCAAAUAA